AUCGACAAGUCCAGUAGCGCGGAGCUUACUGAAGCCAUCAACUCGAUGUUUCGCUGGUAUAAGAACGCCGACGUAUGUUUUGCGUACCUCUCUGAUGUUUCAUCGAAUGAUGGCAGGUCAGCGUUUCGGGAGAGUAGGUGGUUUACGCGUGGAUGGACCCUUCAAGAACUGAUCGCACCGGUCUUUGUUCUCUUCUUCACAGAAGACGGGACUUUUCUUGGAAACAAGCAGGCACUUCAGAAUGAUUUGCACGAAAUAACAGGGAUUGCUCGGUCAGCCUUUCAGUCGACUAACCUGUCGGAAUUCGAUGUUGAUGAGCGCAUGUCCUGGACUUUGGGCUGACAAACCAAGCGCGAAGAAGAUAAGGCAUAUUGCCUUCUAGGAAUAUUUGACGUUUAUUUGCCGCUGAUUUAUGGGGAAGGGAAACACAAUGCCUUUCUCCGACUUCAAAGAGAGAUUGGACAACAUCAUCACAAGAGCCUCUCUGGAACAACGCAGCCUUCUUCCAUGCGAUCUCAUGGACCGAAAUUCAAACACUGGUCAGAAGAAGAACUGGUUGUGCCGGCAAAUUCCAAAUCGGACUGUCAAACGCUCGCUCGGCAGCUUUACACUAUGGUCUCACAGCGGCGUGA